UUCUGGUUGUUGUUGUUGUUGUUUUAAGGCCGACCCCAUAUUUAUUUAUGUUACAAAAUGGGUUCCCGAGUUAGCACUGCGAACGAUUGGCUACAAAUAAAGAUCGGUGGGGAAGAUGUGCCAAAGAAGAAGAGACCGAAACAACUGAACCGGAUUAAAUCAACGAAAUAUACUCUGCUAACAUUUUUACCACAAAAUCUGUUGGAACAAUUUCGUCGGAUAGCAAAUUUUUAUUUUCUCGUUAUGACAAUAAUUUCACUUUUAAUCGAUAGUCCUGUUUCACCUAUGACCUCCUUGUUACCGCUAGUAUUUGUAAUUGCUGUGACCGCAGCCAAGCAAGGCUAUGAAGAUAUUUUGCGCUAUAGAACUGAUAAUGUUGUGAACCGAUCGCCGGUUACAAUAAUACGGAAUGGCGAAGAGGCUAUAAUCCAAUCACAAAACGUAUCACCAGGGGAUCUUGUAGUGGUUGAGCGAGAUUGUGAUGUGCCCUGCGAUCUGGUGCUGUUACGCUCAACAGAUCCGCACGGCAAGUGUUUUAUAACAACCGCCAAUUUGGAUGGAGAGUCAAAUUUGAAGAUCCUCAUGGUUCCCAGAGAUCUGCCAAAUGUGGAGUUAAAAGACAUGAAUAAACUGGGUGUGAUCGAGUGUGAGAGUCCCAGAACAGAUCUGUAUAGCUUUAAUGGCAAAAUCGAGCUUGAGGAUGGCGAGGGACAUGUGCUUCCCCUGUCUGCCGAGAAUGUUCUGUUGCGUGGAUCGCGAGUGAAGAACACCGAGUGCGUCAUCGGCUGUGCUGUCUAUACGGGAAUGAUGACCAAACUUCAACUGAACAGUCGUCUGACCCGCAACAAGUCCGCCUCUAGCGAGACAUACAUCAACCGAUUUCUUAUCUUUAUAUUGGUAGUCCUUAUAGUAAUAGUAACGAUACUAUACUUCCUAAAACGCUACAAUGAAUUGUACAUUAUACCAAAUCUCGCAUAUCUGGGACCAGCAAGUGAUGGCUAUAGCAUUAAACAAUUUCUACAAGACUACUUAUCCUUCCUGAUCUUAUUCAACUAUUUAAUACCGAUAUCCCUCUACGUUACGAUCGAGUUACAUCGUGUCAUUGGCGGUUUUUUCAUGGAAUGGGAUAUGGAGCUCUACGAAAAUGAAACCGAACAGCAAUGCGUCGUUAACACAUCUAACUUGAACGAGGAGCUUGGCCAAAUCAACAUACUAUUUUCCGAUAAAACCGGCACUCUGACAAAGAACGAAAUGAAUUUCCAACAAUGCUCCAUUGGUGGUCGCAGAUACCUAUUCAAGAAGACACGCCUCGAGGAUCAGGAAACAAAGGCACUAAUAGAUAUCAACAAGUUCAAUACGGACCAGAAAGUCUUCUUUCAAGCUCUCUCUAUUUGCCAUACUGUGCAAGUUUCAACUACCACUUUGGACAUCCAGGAGGAGGCGAACAAAAACGGUGCAUCCAGUCCUGCCAACAAGGCAGGCGUAGUCGGCGGACCCUCUGAAAUGUAUUCCAUUUCGGACAUAACUGAGGAGAGCCACAAUUCUAGUCAACAAAGCGAGCUUAACGUAGGCAACACUGUCGAGACCUCCCUGUCGGUGCAUCCGAAUGGCAUCACCACAGCUACCUCUUCCGAUGUCAAUCCAUUGCUCAUAUCCGAUGGCAACUAUAAGGUGGAGCGUCGGAAACGCCCCCAAGUUGUAAAGCGGAGCCCAAACUUUGCCCGCCCUGCGAACAGGGUGCACAUAGCCUCGACAAGUGACUCGAUCGGAAGUAGUGAGGCAAUCCCAUCACCUAUCAACUCGACUUUUCCCAAUUCGCUACAAAAUAUAACACAAAUUCGUCCUGUUUCGCUGCAAUUCAAUCGCUCUACCUCUGAGAAAGAUCUGCCCCAGUAUGAGAAUAUAAACAAUAAUGCCAACUAUGGGCAUAGACGUGCCCAUUCCUAUGGGGCACCCAAUUCUUACCUUACUCAACCAGCCGUACCCAUGACGCCACCAAACAACGGUCUAUUUCGCUCGCCGAGCACCGCAUCUCGCGAGUCCUAUGCCGCUCCCACCUUCACCCGACAGCCAACGAUUCUCAUUCGUGCGGAAUCGCAACGACGAAAAAAUGAAAUUCAGGACGCCUUGUGCUCGCUCAACUAUCAGGCCUCCAGUCCCGAUGAGAAAGCGCUCGUCGAGGCGUGUGCCAAUCUGGGACUGGUCUACACCGGCGACGAUGAUGAGGUGCUCAAAGUUCGCAUUGUACCCCCGCAUCUGGACUACAAGCGACCAUUUACCGUUGGAAAAGUAAAUGAAAUGCAUUUCCAUCGCCUGCACGUGCUCGAGUUCACAUCGGAUCGCAAACGCAUGAGUGUGAUAGUUCGCGAUAAGGAUGGCAAGAAAUGGAUCUAUACCAAGGGUGCUGAGAGCUAUGUCUUCCCAUUGUGUGCAAAUAGCUCGGGAGGCAUGGUCACACAGACGGAUAAUGACAUUAGUGAGUUUGCACGUCUGGGCUUGCGAACUCUCGCCAUAGCCAGACGUGAAAUUGGCGAAGCGGAAUAUAGCGAAUUCACCAAUGAACUGGCGCAAGCGAACAGUUCGCUGGAGAAUCGCAAGCAGUUGAGUGAGGAAUGCUAUGCCAAGAUAGAGAGUAAUCUGGACCUGCUGGGUGCCACAGCGGUGGAGGAUGCAUUGCAGGACGACGUGGCUGAUACGCUAGUAUCGUUACAGGCUGCAGGCAUCAAAAUCUGGGUGCUCACCGGAGACAAAGUUGAGACAGCUCUGAAUAUAGCCAUAUCCUGUGGCCACAUACCGCCAAAUGCCGUCAAGUAUUUUAUUGUGGAUUGCAAGAGUCAGGACGAUUUGCUGUUGCACCUAAAUGCGCUGGAUCGCGAAAUCAUCUUCGGAAUGGGACGUCUGUGUGCGCUGCUAAUUGAUGGCAAGAGUCUCAGCAUAGCGCUUAACGAAGUGCCAAAAGAGUUCCGGGAUGUGGCUGUCAAAUGUACGGCAGUCCUGUGCUGUCGCUUGAGUCCCUUACAGAAGAGUGAGGUUGUGGCGCUGAUCAAAUCGUCAGAUGAGAAUUAUAAUACUGCCUCGAUUGGCGAUGGUGCCAAUGAUGUGUCCAUGAUUCAGGAGGCGCAUGUGGGUAUCGGAAUAAUGGGACGUGAGGGUAGACAGGCAGCGCGUUGUGCCGAUUUCGCUUUCGCCAAGUUCUGUAUGCUGAAGCGAUUGCUUCUGGUGCACGGACACUAUCACACCACCCGAUUGUCGCUGCUGGUGCUCUACUUCUUCUACAAGAAUAUACUGUUCAUGGGCAUUAUGUUCCUGUUUCAGUUCCAUACGCUCUUCUCAUCACAAUCCGUCUAUGACUCACUCUUUCUCACCCUGUACAAUGUUAUUUACACAUCGCUGCCCGUUCUAUUCAUAUCCCUUACUGAGAAGCCAUACGCCGAGGAUAAACUGAUGCAAAACCCCAUUCUGUAUCGAAAGAACACAAACAACAAACAGUUACAAUGGCCGUAUUUCCUAAUGUGGACCAUUUUCGCCAUAUAUCACUCGGUAGUGAUAUUCUACUUCACAUUCUGUGUGUUCUCGUUCAACAAUGUCAUCCUCAAUGGAGGCCAAACAGCAGCCUUCUCGUGUUUCGGUACCCUUCUGAUUUGGAUCGUUGUCAUUGUUGCCAAUUUGAAAUUGUGGCUGGAGUCCAUGUACCUCUCUUAUUGGUAUAUUGUCACCCUGGUGGGUUCCAUACUCGCGUUCAUGGUCACGACUGUAAUAUACAAUGUUAUUAAUUUAGAUUACGAUACCGAUAUAUACUGGGCCUAUAAUAACCUCUUGGCAUCCUUGCCGGUCUGGUUGUUCGUUUUGAUGACUACUGUGGCAUGUCUAUUACCAGACUUUACAAUUAGGAUGCUAACGAGGGCACUGCAAAUCAAACACUUUACAAUUUUCCCCGGAAAAAGGCGCAAGUUUCAAUUGCGCAAGAAAUUUGAGUCUACCUACUUAUAAUAAUAGGCCUUAGUUUUUUUUACCGUUUAUUUAUUUAUUUGUCAGAAAUGUGUAUAUAUAAUUUGUUUUUUUUUUUUUUAAGAAUCAAUUGGUUGUUGCAAACUAAGCUAAAACCCAAUAAAGGGUACUUUUUCCUUGGAGCAAUUGACACUGGAAA